AUGGUUUGCGAGUGCUUUCUCAAGAACUUGGGCUAUGCGGCUCUUGCAUGGGCGGCUUACAAGGUAUUGGUUUCUCUUUACAACAUUAUCUACCCGUUCUUCCUAUCAAGCUCUGGAAAUUUGCUCGAAAAAGCUGGAGCUAAGUGGGCUGUUGUGACCGGAUCGACCGAUGGUAUUGGCAAGGCUUAUGCGUUUGAGCUGGCAAGCAAAGGCUUCAACCUUUUACUGAUUUCACGCACUGCUAGCAAGUUGGAAGCUACAAAGAAGGAAAUUGCGGAAAAAAGCAAUGUUGAAAUCAAAACGUUUGCUUUUGAUUUUACGGCUGGUAACUUCGAUCAGUACGAUUACGUGAUCAAAGAGAUCACGAGCUUGGAUGUUGGUGUGCUUGUAAAUAAUGUCGGCCUCAGCUACGAAUAUCCCGAGAGAAUGCAUGAGAUUGAGGGAGAACUUAAACGCGUCGCAGAUAUUACGGUCGUAAAUACACUGCCUCCCACUUUGUUGACUGCUGCCGUUCUUUCACAAAUGGUUACUCGAAACAAGGGUAUUGUCAUCAACUUGGCUUCAGCAGCCUCGUAUCAUACAAUGACUUUUUGGGGAGCUUAUUCGGCCACCAAGAAAUACGUCCAGUGGCUCUCUGCAAUUCUCCGAAAGGAAUAUGUGUCGACUGGGAUCAUUAUUCAAACUGUCUGUCCUAUGCUUGUUGCUACUAACAUGAGCAAGGUCAAGAAAACAUCGUUCUUCACACCAGAUGCCCAAAAGUUUGCUCGAGCUGCCUUGAACACCGUUGGAGUCGUUAAUGAAACAACCGGCUAUUUCAGCCAUCAAAUUCAGGCUGAGUUGCUCUUUUCACUUCCUGGCUGGCUUCUUGACAAAGUUAUUGACAAGGGAUCACUUGCCAUCCGCAAAGCAGCACUCCGCAAGAAGGAACGCGAAGCUGAUACGAAAAAGGAAAAA